AUGGCAAGAGGUGUCCGGAACCUUGCUCAGAGUUUCAACAAGCACAUCACCACUGUGUAUAAAACUAUAUUUCAAAUAGUGUUCACAGUAGUGAUGUCCAGUUUAUCAAUUGCUGCUUUGUGGGUUGGCUUAGAGAGAAGAUCUCAGUGUCCAAUACAGACAAAGAUUCCCAUGUGGCUAAUCGUCUAUGGUGGAUUUGGUGUUAUAACUAGCUUAUUCACGAUUGUCGGGGCUGUCAUUAGAUGUCUGUGUUGUUCAAAGGAAGAUGCCGAAAAAAAAUGUGAUCUCUGCGUGCGCGCAGUCAACACAAUCAUGGUACUGUUUGGCAUUGCUUGGAUAAUCGUAGGAAGUGUAUGGGUUUUCAAAGUCAAAGCGUCUGUUCAAUUCACGGAUCCGACGGCAUUGAAUACUUAUUGUGAAAAGCAUAUGUUUAAUUUUGUUUUUGCUAUGCUUCUUUUAUUCUAUUCAACACAAAUUAGCUUUGCUAUACAUUACAUUCACAAACCAGUUAAAUGUGAACGUUCGGAAUUUUUAACUAUUUUGUCACUGGUGGCUGGUAGUAGUGGGAUUCUAUCAACUGCAUUGCUUAUUUUCUGUUGUCAUGGAUGCGGAUUCAGAUCAAAGUAA